AUGGACUCACUGCCGCCCGAGCUCCUCCACGAAAUCCUCGCCAACCUGCCGCCCACCUCGCGCAAAAACGCCCGCCUCGCCUCCCGGCGCUUCAACGCCGUCCUCGCCCGCCAGCCCGCCAUGUUCCGCACCCUCGCCUCCUUCAUCGACCCGGCCGUCGCGCUCGCGACCCUCGACGCCGCGGCGUCCGACCUCACGCGCCGGCCCCGCUCCAUCUGGUCCCCGCGGUGCUGCGUCCCCGCCGACCUGCCCGUGCCCAGGAGCUUCCUGCUCGCCGUGUACCUUGCCGUCAGCGGCCGGCCGUGGGAGCAGCAGCGGACGCACUCACUGGCCGGCUCGUCGCCGCAGUUGACCGGCGGGGCUUGGGAAGACUCAGAGAGCAGUGAAGGAGAGUCCGUCUAUGGCUCUGAAGGGAGCGUGACGGACGGCGAGGAGUGCGAGAUGAGCGCGUGCAACUUGGGCAAGAUCCUGGGCCGCGAGGACAUCACGCCGGAUGCGCUGCGGCAGGCCUUGUUUCGCUAUGCGCUCUACCUGAGCUACAACUACGACGGGGCAGGCGAGGCGCCCCAGCUCUGGGUGUGUGAUGCGAAGCUCUGGGAAGGCAGGGCAUAA